AUGUACGACAAGUUCGGAAAGGACUACGUCUCUGGCCAAGGCGGCGAGGUGGACAUAUCGUUCGCGUUCAAGAUGCUGUUCGGUGCUGGCAAGUUCGACGACGUGAUCGGAGAAAUGAACCUCUUCUCCUCGUUCAUGGCCGACGAGCAAUCGGAGUCUGCCAAGGCGGAGCAGGAGAAGGCGCAGCGGGAGAGGAUCGAAAAGCUGGCCACCACCCUGCAUUUCAUCAAACUCGAGCCCUACACCGCUGGCAACACCAAAGAAUGGGUCGUUCUCAUGGAGCAGGACAUCGAAGAGAAGCUGGAGGUUCCCGGCGGCGCGUCGCUUCUCCUCCACAUCGGCUAUAUUUAUAUACAGGAAGCAAAGCAACACGAUAACCGCUGGUUUGGUCUCGAGAGCUUCGUUUCCGAGCUCUCGGAGAAGGGCCACAUCGUAUCCGAGGCUCUCUCCCUCGUCAGCGAGGCACGCAAGCUGCAGUUGGUGCAGCAGCAGCUGGAGGGAUCGCAAGACACCGAUGUUCAGAUGAAGGCUCUCAACCAGGGCAUCAACCUGGUGUGGAAGCUCGGUAAGCUUGAGAUUGAGCAGGUGCUGCGGCAAGCGUGCGAAAAGAUGUUCAAGGACUGUAAGGACAAGAAGACCAGAAAGAAGCUCGUGGAUGGACUGCGCAAGCUUGGCGAGAUGUACCAGAAGGCGGCGAAGAAGGUGGGCGUGGCCCGACGAGCGGCGCCCACCAUCAACGACUUUGGCGAACACUUUGGAGGCGUGCCGCCGACUGAACAGCAGCAGCAGGAUGGUACCGCCAUCGGCGGAAACGAGGGCAAGAAGGCCAAGGGUAAGGACGGCAAGUGGGUGUAG